AUGGCAACAAUCGCAGCAAACGUAUUGAAGCGCAGUCCGGUACGCGAAUCGGCACCGCAGCAGCGCGCGGUUCCGACGGGUGAAGUGGCGGGUGGGAUGGAACCGCUGGUGGUUGGGGUGGGGCCCGGUGUGUCCGAGGGAGCAAACGCCAAAAAGUGCAAUGCCAAAGUGAGCGGUGCGUUCGGCCGAAGAAAAGGCAGUGGCAGUGGGCUCGAGGGGGGCCGCAAUGCCAAACCGUCCGGGUCGGCCCACGCACCGUCGGCCCACUCGCUGAUCAACUACCUGUUCUAUCUCAUGUGCAUCACCGCGCUCGGAGCUACCGUGUACUCCAAUCUGCGCCAAACAUACGUAGAGGAUAAAUUAAGUAGUUUAGUUAGUAUCGAAGACCGGCUCAGCCUGCUCGAGGCGCAGGUGAGCGAUGUAUAUAGGAGGAUCACGCUGCGCAAGAUGGAUGGUGGGGCGGCGGCAGUAGCGGUCGCGGCCGGCAUUGUGGAGGAGGUGGAAGAGGAAAGCAUGUCCGACGUGGUGCGGAAGAUUUCGCACCAGAUCGCCGAGUUGCCGCGAAUGCGGCGCGACCUGUCCGCGCUCAAGGUAUCGCGAAAGGAUCGACAGGCCGCCAUUCAGCAGAUCGGCAAUGAGUGCAUGUGUCCACCAGGACCUGCUGGACCACCAGGACCGCCCGGCAAAAGAGGGAAGCGCGGUAAAAAAGGAGAUCCCGGCGAUUCGGGAGUUGAGGGACCCACCGGUCCUCCCGGUAAAAACGGACUACCGGGCAUCCGUGGACCGAAAGGAGAUCGAGGACUUAUGGGUCCGAUAGGAUUAGACGGACCGAAAGGCGAACCGGGACGACCGGGCGACAAGGGCUCGAAGGGUGAAGUUGGCGCACCUCCGAUAGACGUGUUCCAGACGGUGAAGGGAUUAAAGCGAUCCGUAACGACACUGCGCGGUGGCUCGUUAGGCUACGCAGAAAUCGUAGCCGUGAAGGGUGAACCUGGUGAGCCGGGACCACCGGGACCUCCCGGUCCGCCCGGUGCGUCCGGAGCGAUUGGGUUGGACGGACGUCAAGGGCCGCCGGGUGAUCCGGGACUGAAGGGAGAUCCUGGUCCACCGGGCGAAAAGGGCCCUGUCGGUAAUCCUGGAACACCGGGUCUGCCAGGCUCAAAGGGCGAUCGGGGCGAUAAGGGUGAUCGAGGUCUAACGACACAUUUCAAGGGUGAUCAAUUCCCAGCCGGCAUCAUAGAAGGUCCACCGGGACCUCCAGGACCACCUGGACCACCGGGCGAUAAGGGUGAUCCGGGACCAGAAGGACCUCCAGGACCGCAGGGCGAAAAAGGACCACGAGGCAAACGAGGCAAACGAGGCCCCGGAAAGGAUGAUGAUUACGAUGAAGCGACACUAACACAGUUCCGCGGUCCGGUUGGACCACCGGGCCCGCCUGGACCACCGGGCCGCGAUGGAACACCGGGCCUGAAAGGUGAGUCCGGCGAGGUGGGAGCACCGGGUUCGUUGGGACCGCGCGGAUUGGACGGUAUGCCAGGGGAGCCAGGCAUUGAGGGCCCACCCGGACUACCAGGUUAUCAGGGACCUCCCGGUGAAAAGGGAGAUCCUGGAGAUAUUGGACCACCUGGCCUUAUGGGUCCGCCUGGAUUGCCGGGCCCGCCCGGCUAUCCCGGAGUAAAGGGUGAUAAAGGAGAUCGGGGAGAUUCCAAGUUCCGGAAAAUGCGACGGCGCCAGGAUCACGAGGGUAUGGCCGACGAACCCUACCGCGAUAUGGUAUAUGGACCGCCGGGACCUCCGGGACCGCCAGGUCCUCUCGGCCAUACGGGACCUCCGGGGCCGCGUGGCUACGAUGGCAAGAAGGGCGACCGAGGAGAGAAGGGACAGAAGGGCGAAUAUGGACCGAUGGGCUUACCGGGUCCGAUGGGUAUGCGGGGCGAUUCCGGUCCAGUAGGCCCAGUGGGUAAACCAGGACAUCCGGGACCACCGGGGCUGGACGGUAUGAAGGGCGCACAGGGCGAAACCGGCAACAAGGGUGAACGAGGCGACCCGGGACUACCCGGUACGGAUGGCAUUCCGGGCCAGGAGGGUCCUCGCGGGGAGAAGGGUGGCAAAGGAGAUCCCGGUCCGAUUGGGAAGCGUGGCCGUAAAGGGGAUCGCGGCGAUAAGGGCGAUCAGGGCGUACCGGGACUGGAUGCACCGUGCCCCUUAGGGAUCGAUGGAUUACCACUGCCAGGGUGUGGUUGGCGUGCACCGAAAGUGUACCAGGAACCGAUCUUACCAUCACCACCGCACAAGGACUAUCUGCCGGAUGUGACAGGCACCGAGAACGAAAGUGAAUAUGUCGAGGAGGAGGACGAUGGCGCGCCGGAAGCUGAGGACUAUGAGGAGGAGUACGUGGAGAAUGAAAACGGAAACUGA